CCCGCAGCCGCCCUCGCCGGAUUUUUCUCAGCCGAGCUCGUCUUCUACGGCGCCGCCCCUGGGAGUCUUCAAAUAUCAGCCGUGCUUUGCUUCUUCUCCGUGGCCGGCGUCCUCUACCCCAUCCAUGGCCAGAGCUUCCUGUCCGACGCUCAGCCGAAGCCGCCCAGCCAAAGUCUCUUUCCUGGCCGCACGCCCAGCCCGCUCUCCUUCCUCUCAGCUCCGUGCUCUGCUCGGCCGGAUUUCCAUGACCGCGCCCAAGGUCCUCCCAUGGCGUCCGUCUUCCUGAGCUCACCCCUCUUGCUGUGCUGCUCGCCCCAGCUCGAAUUUCUCUCUGUGCGCGCGAGCUGCCAAACACGUUUCCCUGUGUCCUGGUUCGAGCUCGCCCCUUCGGUGUCCAUGGCCGCCCAGUCUCCACUCCCCAUUCCUGCCGUGGUCGACGCCUCUCCCUGCUCCACCUUCUUCCUUGUCGUGGCUGUUCCACAGCUCAGCUCUGCUCAAGCAGUUCCUAUGGCGCGCGCCCAGCCAGCCCUCCAUUUUUCCUCUGCUGCGCGCAGCUCGCCGAGCAGUCCCUGCGCGUUUCUCUCUCGCGCAGAUCUCUCUCCUUCCCGGCGUUUCUCUCUGUUGCUCCGCGCUAUAGCGACCGUCGGACCGAUCGUUCCCUGCGCGCCGACUUUCCUGUGCGCGCCAUUGGGAGCUCGUCAGCCACUGUUGGCUUAUCACAGAAUCCCCAACGUCGUCGACCUCGCUUAGCCAGUCGACCAUAGUCGCUGCCGCGCGCGCUUGUCCCUGAUGCCCAUCGCGCAGUAUUUGGGUCUUGCCGAUUGGCCGCUCUUGCCGCCGUUAAUUCCGCUUCGCAGCUCGCCUGCUGUUGUGGUGCUGACACCCCACAAUACUCGUGUCGGUGCAUCGUUGUCUGGGCGGGAGUUGUCGUCACUAGUUCGCUUUCGUCUAAAUUGUCACCACGGAUGCUUAAGUCUCUGGUCGCGCGUCUUUCUAUCUCGCGCUCGUGAGUUGGAAGCUCUGCACGUUCGUCGUCCUUUAGUCUUAGUUCAACCCCCACCUCGCCAGCUCGCUCCAGACACGCCUCAGUAAGAAAUUUCAAGAAACGGGUGAAGACGAAGCCAGCAGCGUGAUAUUCACCAAGUGCGCGACAAAAGUUCGUUUCGUCAAAAUUAUUUAGUCGAGGAGAAGAUCUUCAGCAAUUGAUUACCGAAGAAAGAAGACCCCUGGAUGACGUCAACCGGAACCGUAGUCGUGCUUGCGACUAUCGCGUCGAAUUAGUCAGGGUAAGCGAAUUUGUUAUUCAUAUUAACGGAUUGAUGGAUAGUUUGACUAGGUAAAAUAUUUAUUAGAUUGUCUGAGUCGCUUUGGUAAAUUGGUCGAUGCCGUAGGAUAAAAGAGGUCUCAGUAUUGCAGAAAUGUGGGUAUUAAAAAUGAAAGGUGAU